AUGGGCCAUCACGGACGCUAUACUACUGAGAAGGUGACCUACCCGUCUCAUGGGGAAACCAUUAGCGGUAUCCUCUACAAGCCCAAGGGCGUUACCAAUCCACCUGGGAUCGUCGUCCUUGGUCCGUAUUCCUUUGUCAAGGAGCAAGCGCCUCUGCAAUAUGCCACUCGACUUGCGGACGAAGGUUACGCCGCUCUGAUCUUUGACCCACGCACCGUCGGAGAAAGCACCGGCCAGCCGCGACGUCUGGAAAAUCCCAAGAUGAAAAACGAAGAUGUCGUCUCAAGCAUUGACUACUUGGCCGGCAGAGGCGACGUGGAUGCCAAGAAACUAUUCCUUCUUGGCGUCUGUCAAGGUGGUCCUGAGUGUCUGGAUGUCGCGUCAUAUGAUGACCGCGUUGUCGCCGUCGCUUCCGUGACGGGAUACUAUCGCGAUCAUGAGACGGACAUCUGGAUGAUCUGCACUGGCUGUGUAAACAUUGAGCCCGGCGUCGACGUGGGAUCUUUGAAGAUGCCUACUCCCGAGCAAGGAGAGGCGCUCUACCAGGCACGUAUCCAGCGAGCUAAAGACGCCAAAACGCUGUAUGAAAAGACGGGAGAAGUCAUCUACCAGCCUCUCGUUGACCCCAAAGCCGCGGACCCAGAUGUUGGCUCACUCGCUGGCCUCCCGGGACCGGUUGCGUGGUCGUGGUACGGUCCUUGGACUUUGAAGGGCUUUGAGAACCGGUAUGCUGUUAUGAGUGAUUUGGACCAUUUUGGCUAUUCCACUGUGCCUGGGGUGGCCAAACUCGAUAAGCCGGCUCUAGUGAUCCAUGGAGAUAACUGUAUGAAUGCGCCUGCAGCAAAGCGACAUUUCGAGUCAAUCCCGACCAAGAACAAGAAGUUGAUUUGGGACAAUGAUGUGUCGCAUUUCCAGCACUACGAUCAGCCGGAUGUUGUGGAUCGUAACGUUGGCGAGAUUGCGGAUUGGUUUGAGCAGGCGAAGGCAUGA